GUAUUUAAAACGUUAAUCUGGGAUUGGUACAUCAAUUUGUGGACUUUGAAAUGAAUGAUAUACAGCUGUGGAAAAAAAAUUAAGAGACCACUGCACAUUUUUCUUAACCCUCCCGUUGUGUUGACGGGGUCACACCUUUGUCACUUGUUAGAGGGAGAGUGGUUAUGAAGGUCCCACUACCCCUCCCCGUGGUGCUGCGGGGGUUACAUUGACCCCCUUCGUUAUCCCUGCCCCUGGUGCUGCGGGGGGGUCAAUGUGACCCCUUUCCCCAAUGACAUGGCUUGACUUGUAUAAAAUCAUUUUUAAAAAAUGCAUGCCCGACUUGUAUGCAAUGGAAAAAGGGCAUGCCCGGACUUGUAUGCAAUGGAAAAAGGGCAUGCCCGGACUUGUAUGCAAUUCUUAUGCUCAGGAUGUAGGGGCAGAGCAGGUGCCAGUGAUCCACAGUGACGUUAUAGUACAAUCUGUUAUACUGGUUUCAGAGUAGAGCACUGAGAGGGUGUGGUUGUAUUAACUGGACAUAAAUACGCACCCAUUUAAAAAUUUACAUUUGAAGACAGCUGCAUGUAAGGAUCAGCACAUAUUAGGUCAAUAGAAACUACAAUCUGCUUGGUUUUACAUAUACUGUACUCAGCAGUCAAGCAACUGGCGGCACACUGAAAACAGGGACAGAAAAUGCAGCGAGAAAACAUUAGAGGAAAAAAUGAGACCUAUUUCUCUGGGGAGCAUAUGAGCAUUGAAACCUUGAAAAUGAACAGUUCACUACAUGGUAGAAAAUGUCUUUUUAAAGACAUUCCACUAUACCCCAAAGCCGACAAAGCGGAAUUUCACGUGGACAAAGUCUGUCAUGUAACCACGCAAACAGGCCUGAUGGGAAUCAUGGAUUUGAGUGGAUUUACAGCAGGGCAAAGAGGGAGUCUCACAUGGUGGGGUCUUCACAUUACAGAAGGUGAAAUUGAGGCAGCAGAGAAUCGCUCCCUUGAAAAGGAACAGCUUCCCAGGUAUAUCUUUGACCCAACAACCGGAAUGGAAAUAAUACACAAUCUAUUCCUGAGUGAAUUCACCAAGUCCCCUGUCUUCCAAGAGGGAUCUCGGUAUGGGAACUUUAAGUUCACCUUCCCCUUGGAGGAUCUCAUGCAGAUGUAUAAAGAGCAGAUUUGUGGAGGAGAGAAACCUGUCCUGAGAGUCUAUGAAACCGUGAUUUACCAGCAGGAGAUCAUGUACGCAGUGGUUGUCCACAGUCCAGAGGUGACAGAGUUUGAUAAGUACCCAGUUCUUGCUGACAUGGAUGAUGAGGCAAUAUGUGUUUAUAAUGAUGGCAAAAUUGUCUGGCGUGCAGAAGCAAUAUGUGAAACCCAUGAAAAGAGGCUGAUCAUCAACAGAGAGAGCAGAACAGUUGAAACAGCAGAACUAGGACAUAUGUAUGAGCAUUUCAUGUGGGACCAUGUGACCCUGGCAUUCCAUCUGCCAGAUGGCCACACCCUAAAAGUUGAAGAGGAAGUACUAAAGGAUAGACUCAAUGCAUGUGAGGGUAUCUAUCCUUUUCUCCAGGCUGAGCGUUUAGCACUAGAAAGGGCAAAAGAAGUAGUCAAUGCCAUAAAGAAUGGUAUUACUAGUGCUAGUGGCAGUGCUAGGGACAGUGCUAGUGGCAGUGCUAGGGACAGUGCUAGUGGCAGUGCUAGGGACAGUGCUAGGGACAGUGCUAGGGACAGUGCUAGUGGCAGUGCUAGGGACAGUGCUAGGGACAGUGUUAGGGACAGUGCUAGGGACAUGCUAGGGACAGUGCUACACAGUGACAUUGCUAGGGACAGUGGUAGGGACAGUGCUAGGGACAGUGCUAGUGGCAGUGCUAGGGACAGUGCUAGGGACAGUGCUAAGGACAGUGUUAGGGACAGUGCUAGGGACAGUGCUACACAGUGACAGUGCUAAGGACAGUGAUAGGGACAGUGGUAGGGACAGUGCUACACAGUGACAGUGCUAGGGACAGUGGUAAGGACAGUGCUAGUGGCAGGGCUAAGGACAGUGGUAGGGACAGUGGUAGGGACAGUGUUAGGGACAGUGGUAGGUACAGUGCUAGGGACAGUGCUAGGGACAGUGCUAGGGACAGUGUUAGGGACAGUGAUAAGGACAGUGCUAGUGACAGUGCUAGUGACAGUGGUAAGGACAGUGCUAGUGGCAGUGGUAGGGACAGUGGUAGGGACAGUGCUAGGGACAGUGCUAGGGACAGUGGUAUGGACAGUGCUAGGGACAGUGCUAGGGACAGUGUUAGGGACAGUGGUAGUGGCAGUGCUAGAGACAGUGCUAGGGACAGUGUUAGGGACAGUGCUAGGGACAGUGCUAGGGACAUUGGUAGUGGCAGUGCUAGGGACAGUGGUAGGGACAGUGCUAGGGACAGUGUUAGGGACAGUGCUAGGGACAGUGGUAGGGACAGUGAUAGUGGCAGUGCUAGGGACAGUGGUAGGGACAGUGCUAGGGACAAUGGUAGGGACAGUGGUAGGGACAGAGCUAGGGACAGUGGUAGUGGCAGUGCUAGAGACAGUGCUAGGGACAGUGUUAGGGACAGUGCUACACAGUUAGUUGAGAAUGAGAUUUGUAUAAAGGGGCUCAAUCACCCAACCAUGAUAAUACUAGAUAACAAAACUGCCUGGCAAAACUGUGCUACAUUACAAACAUGGCAAAUAUUUAUUUCCCUUUCUUGUUGUUUGCUGAUGUUUAAUAUAUCUAAUGUAAAACAUGCACUGUACAAAUAUAUGUGUUAAUGAAUUGCCCUUUAGUUUUUAGAUUCCAUGACAUUCCAUAUACUUUAAUAUUAAACUCUGUAAAAUAUGCAUAGCAGAAUGUCACGCUCUGGCUCCGGGACUCUGUAUGUUGAGCCAGGGUGUGUUCGUUCUGUGUGGGUUGUUUCUAUGUUG